AUGGCGUCGCUGUGGACAAGGCGCGCCGGUGGCACUGCGCGGGACCACGGGGUCGCGGGCCUCGGAACCCAGAUAUAUCUUUCAUUGUCUUCUAGCUACAUUCGAUUCUCUCAGAUCUGUGCAAAAGCAGUGAGGGAUGCCCUGAAGACAGAAUUCAAAGCAAAUGCUGAGAAGACUUCUGGUAGCAGCAUAAAAAUUGUGAAAGUGAAAAAAGAAUAAUUUACCCUGACUAAAGCUUCAAAUGUUACAUUUUCCCGUGAAGAUGUGUGGGCACAUGUUAUGGCAGAUUAAAAUCAGUGUCACUUUGUGGGGGAAAAAUACCUAUCUUGUUCAUGAAUUGAUGGUGCCAAUAAAGUGAUAUGUGGUUCACUGUUA